GAGCAAGCUCUAAAGGGGCGGUAAUAGGACAGGGUAGGCUGUGGCGGUUCCCCAGGUUGUACGUGGAGGGGGUUGAGGAGUCUACGGCUGUUCCGACGAUGUCCUGACAAGGCGCGGGAACAGCAGUGACAACGUGCAGAACCCUCCCCACGAAGCGAAGGAGGUGAAAGGAGCCGCUCAGCCCCCGAGGAAAGUCAUAGCGGCGCUGUGUUGAGGCAGGUUGCUAGGGGGUUCGUAGCCCUCAGGGGUUGGGGGAGGGGAGCAAACGACGAGCGGUUUUUCAUGCGCAUGCGUUGAAGUUGCCGCUGCCCGGGACCAUCUUGACGCGCAUGACUGAAGCCGGAGGACCCGCGGCUGCCGGUGGAGUGGCGCUUGCGCAGUGAGGAGCCCGCUUAGGACAGCACUGGCCCCGGGUCUAUAGUAUGCUGGGCUGGCGCCCUGUGACGUAGUGAGGAGUCCUUUAAAGUGCUACUGAAAACCCUGCUCUGCAGAGCGGAACCCGAUCGCACUUAAUUGGAACCUGAUUUCGUCGCUUUCUGUUCCCCCGGGGGCUGCUGCCGUCGGGGCCGUGGGAUGAGGCGGCAGAAGAGGUCUGGAGGACCUGGUGAUGCGUUCCUCCCUUCAGCUGGAGACCUUUGAAGAGAUCCCGGGAGGAGGCCCCGCCGCUUGUGCAUGACACAGGCAGGCUGCUGCGGCUGAGGCCUCCCGGUGGCCGCGGAGCCCCUCGAAGAGCCAGGAUUCUGACUGGACGCUGGUCAUUUCCUACCUGUCCUUCAGCUGAGUAAGGGAAAAGAAGUGGAGCACGCACGGACGACGCGGCUUCGCUUCUGACUUCAAUCCUUGUCCUUCCCCCAUUCCACGAGGAGAGCUUUCGGAUCUCGCUGGAGGAAAGGGGUCAGAGGAAUUGACUGCCAGGACUUUCAUCGACUGCUCUGACCUUUCUCCUAAAGACAUACCGGGCUUCAUCGCACGGAAGACUGGAACCUGAGGGAAGCUACCUGCCCCGACCCAGCUCCCUCCCCAAAGGGGAUGAAAACCCCCGGGAAGCAUUGAAGCUAAGCAUUCUCAAAUGCUUUGAGAAGUGAGUGACGUAUGGAGGAUUGAAGGACCACCAUCCCGCCCUCCCCAGCCCUCGACCUACCUGGCUUCCAUCUCCUAGAGAAAAGGGGGAUCCUUGCCACCCUGAAAUCUGCCUUUGGAGAGCUGUAGGCAAACCAUCUUUUUCAGAAGGAACAUUCGCAUACAGCUGGUGCAGGCCAUGAAUAGCAGCAGCACUUCCCACUCUCCAGUUCCCAGAGUCGGGUAUCUAGGAGAUCAAUAGAGGAAAGGUGGGGGUGGGGUGGGAAGCAGCACUAUGGCUGCUGCCAGCGGCUACACCGACUUACGUGAGAAACUCAAGUCCAUGACAUCCCGGGAUAACUACAAACCCAACAGCCGGGAGGCUGCCGUGGUGGCCGCUGCUGCUGCGGCUGCAGCUGCUGAGCCCUACACCAUCCCGGCCAAACGUAAAUACCACGAAGACUCAGAUUCAGAGCGCAGUGACUACGAGGAGCAGAAGGAAGAGGAGGCCCGAAAAGUGAAGAGUGGCAUCAGGCAGAUCCGCCUCUUUAGCCAGGAUGAGUGUGCCAAAAUCGAGGCCCGCAUCGACGAGGUGGUGUCCCGAGCAGAGAAAGGGCUGUAUAAUGAGCACACAGUGGAUCGGGCUCCCCUUCGCAACAAGUACUUUUUCGGAGAGGGCUAUACCUAUGGAUCCCAGCUGCAGAAGCGAGGUCCAGGUCAGGAGCGGCUCUAUCCACCUGGGGACGUGGAUGAAAUCCCGGAGUGGGUGCACCAGCUGGUGAUACAGAAGCUGGUGGAGCACCGUGUCAUCCCUGAAGGCUUUGUCAACAGCGCAGUAAUCAAUGACUACCAACCCGGAGGCUGCAUUGUCUCACAUGUGGAUCCUAUCCACAUCUUUGAGAGACCCAUAGUGUCUGUCUCUUUCUUCAGUGACUCCGCCCUCUGCUUCGGCUGCAAGUUUCAAUUCAAGCCCAUCAGGGUCUCUGAACCUGUGCUGUUCCUGCCUGUGAGGAGAGGGAGUGUGACUGUGCUCAGUGGAUAUGCUGCUGAUGAAAUCACCCACUGCAUACGACCGCAAGAUAUCAAGGAGCGUCGAGCUGUCAUCAUCCUUAGGAAGACGAGACUUGAUGCCCCACGAUUGGAAACAAAGUCCCUGGGUAACUCUGUGUUACCCCCUGGUUACACUUCUGAUCGUCUGUCAGGAAGCAACAGGGACCAGAUCCUAAAACCAAAGCGGUCCCACCGAAAAGCAGAUCCGGAUGCUGCUCAUAGGCCACGAAUUUUAGAAAUGGACAAGGAAGAGAACCGGCGUUCUGUCCUCUUACCAAAACACAGGAGGAGGAGCAGCUUCAGCUCUGAGAACUAUUGGCGAAAGUCUUAUGAGUACACAGAGUACUGCGGAGAGGAUGAUGGGAGCCCAGCCCGAAAAGUGAAGAUGAGGAGACACUGAGAAAUGAGCAAAAAGACUCAAGCUGCAGAAACCAGCCUCUCUUCUGUGAAAACUUUCUUUGGCUGUUUCUCAUAGCUUUUUUUUUUUAAGAGUUUUUUCCUUCAUUUUAGGGCUGAAGAAAGGAACUGGGACAGGAUCCGGAUUUUUUUUUUUUUGGUUCACUUAUUUUCCUGAAUGGAAAUGAUAUUGAGGCAUCUUUGUUGCUGGGGAGCGUUGGUUACCACCUGGUCAGUCAGAUGGGCACUUUGCCCUAACCAAACAUAUAAAGUUCAAGCUGUGCUAGGCUGUGUUUAUUUAAAACACCAAAAAUGUUUUACUGUUUCACUGCUGAAGAUUCAAGAAAUUAGUCCUUUUGCUUUAAUUGUAAAUUUUUUUAAACGUUCUAAAUAUAUUGUUUGACCCCCUAGAGUUGAAACUUGGUCAUGGCCUCUUCAUGCUUUACCAACUUUAGAGUAGGGCUUGCUAAGCCCUAAGUCUCCUGUUGAUUCUUUUCUCUAACCUGCCAUUUGGUAACUGGAAUCUUGAAGUUUGCAAAUUGUUCUUCCUGCAACAGAUUUCCAAGUUGCUUAGAUCAUCUAGCUGACAGCUUAUAUGGCCACUGCACCAAGUUCUGUUUUCUCCCAGAUGUGCAGUUGUCAUACUUUCUCAGCCAGUUCUUGACCAUUCCCAGCAGCCCAAGAAAAAGGUGGGGGGAAGGUGGUACUGGAACAGAGCCCUUCGCUUAAAUAGCAUGAUUUUGUUCAUAGGUAUCUCCUUUCAUGCAUUUGGACAUAUGUGUGAAUAUUUGGAUAAGUUAGAGUCUUCUCAUGUUUUGGUCGGUUUUAGAAAUUUUUCUAGCAAGGAGGACUGAUGUCCUUCCAGGUCUAGGGUUUGGAAUAUGGAAAAGUGUCAUGGUGUGUGGUGGGUUUUUGUCUAAUCUUUUUUGUCUUCAUCCUUUCCCUUCUUUCCUGAUGAGGACCUAGGCUGGGAGAGGUCUCCGUGUUACAUGUUCAACAUUUGGCAGUCUGUUUUCUAGGUCCCCUUUAGAGAAGGUGCCUCCUUCUCUACCCCCUCCCCUUAAGACAAGGACUUCAGAGGGUAUCAGCUUUUGAAAAUUCUCUUUUUUCUCUCUUCUUUUAGUCUUUUAAUUCUUAUAGAAAGGGGAAUUUCCACAGGUUCUCAUGGUUUAGUGGUGGCCAUGAGGAGAGAUGAGAAAAGAGUUGGCUCUGAUGGAAAUUUAUAUUUCCCCCUGGAUUAUUUCCUUUGUCAGUUUCUUGGGAGGGUUGUGAGAGUUGUGAGUAAUGGGAAGAACCUUUUUUAAAACAUUUUUUAAAUUUAACAAAAAAACUUAAGCAACUUUCAGCGAGUCAGGCCUAUUAAAACUGAAGUCCUAUUCCUUUUGAACUGCUAGGAAUUCUUAGUAGAAACAGGGCUCCAUUGGCCAUAAAGAUGACUCAGGAGAAACCUGACUCCUGCUGCUAAGACCUUAACUUUGUUUUCCCACCUGAUCCUUCUCUCUGUUCUGUCCUGUUGACUUAGCUUGUCUGAGGCCUUGAAGGCUCUGGAGGUUUGGGGUCUAGUGAUAAAUUUAGAACCCUCUUUUGAAAUAUAAAUUUAAAAAAAAAAACUUCUCAGAUUUUGAUUCCUUGAAUCUGGAUUUAAGUACUAAAGCAGUUGCAGCUUUAUUUUUUUUACAGCUUUUUUCCCCAAAAAAUUAUUUGUAGUUUUGUGUGUUUGGCACUUUGCUAUGAUCUGUGUGCUCUACAAUAAAAACAAAAUCUAAUAUAUUUUGAAACAUAUUGUCUGAUGCUGUCCUAAAGAGUGACUUUAUUUUGUUAAGUUCCCCUUCUCUACCAUGUCCCUUUUUGAAAAAGGGAUCUGUUGUUCCCUGUCAGUUUGUGAGGGUGGAACCAUACUGCCUACAUGUAGCUGACAAGGAUCCUUUCUCCCAGGACAAGUUAGUUGGUAGUGUCUAAGUAGUCUGCUUCACUGAAGGAAAGAGAAGAUAUUGUUUAGGUAGAUUGAAUCCUGACCUAGGCAGAGGUAGUCCUGAGGGAGCACUUUGUCUCUUGAAAGGCUUACAAAAUCCAGGCAGGUUUAGGGUAGGUAGUGAGCCAUCUCUAUGUAAAUCCAUUGCCCCAUGACACAUACACCACCCUCAGAAAAUAAUAGCAUCCUUCUGUAUCCAUCAGGGCCCCAGAUGACCCUUAUUGGUGACUUGCCAACUGCAGAUUAUAUCAUAGUGAUGUUUAUCCAUUCUUUAGUUACCUAGGUCUGGGGUCCUAUGGUAGCCUUCUAAGUGGCAGACUGUUACCACUUUCUCACUUUCCCUGAUAGAAGAGGUAAGGAAAAAUAACUGAUUGUUCUGGGGAUCUUCCUCUUCCAAAUUGAGUACUAGGCAUCACCAUGCUGCAGACUAUUCUCUGAAGCUACCUGGGUCAGACAGGUAGCUGUUUGGCUGGAGGGGGAGGCCUUUUCAAACAGACCACAAGGCUUGGAGUUUUCUCUAGAAAAGCUGAGGGCCGACUUGGUAGGUGGCCAGAUGGGUCUUGAUCACUUGAUUUGUAUUUGGGUCUGACAGAUCCUGUUCUUCAUCUGCAUUCUUUAUUUAGUGGAUCUGAAGUGCUAAAGUGAAGGGAUGGAGAGAAUAUUGGUCUAUCUCUUUUUAGGAAGAAGGUUUCCCUGCCCCAAGGUACCUUAAGUGUCUCUUGGAUAAACCAGAGACAGGAAUGUUUGACUAUGUGGUGUGGAAAGGUAUGAGAUCUGGACAAGCAGGGACCCUAGUGUAGUGUCUUCCCUGUGGACUCUUUGAGUGGCACAAGUAGGAGCUAAUAUAUGUUGACUUGAAUUGAAGGGGGAAGGGUGCAGCAAUGGGGUUAUUAAUACAACUGGGAAUUUGAAUUUUAUGAAUUCAGUCAGACCCUUAUAAGCACAGAAUUAACUUUUGUGUUUCAGCUCACAAGGCCUCCUACUUCUCAGUCUCCUGCUAGCUUCUAGGGUAUUAAUAGACAGUUCGCUUAGGUAUUAUCAAAAACCAGCUUGAGGGAGCUCAUAAUAGAGGCAGAGCCUAGGAUAGCAUGCCCACAACUUCCCCUGGGCUCCCUGGCUGUGUGUACAAGGUAGUGGGGUGAUGGCAUAGGCCCUUGUUUCCCAGCAUAUCGACUGCAGCGGCAAAGGGGAACCCUGCAGAAUGAAAAGGAUUUGAAACAAGCGAGUCCAUUUGUCUGGCCUCUUCUUAAGCGAAACUGUCUUAGAAAGCAGAGGAAAGAUUUUCUAAGCAACCUUGACUCAUUGAUAAUAAGAGUGUUGGCAGUGAAUAUCAGGACUGAGUCAGGCUUGAGACCUGGGCUUUACCAGACCCGUAAGGAAGAAAAUGGAGAAUUAAAGGCUCUGUCUAGAAGCGUCGGUGAUUACAGUUGUGUGUGUGAUUUGGGAUUAACAGAACCGUUGAAAACCUUGGCUUCAGUCACCUCUAGAGAACACAGAAGGGGGCAAUGGUACUGAGAUACACAUCCCACUUCUCCCUUUUGAUCUCUUGAGUCUUCCCAUCCUCCCCUCCCCCAGCUCAACCUUAUGGUAAAAUCUAGGUAUUUUUAAUUCCAGCUGAGUAAACAAACCACUGUAAAAAUCCAGACUGUUGGAAAGGGCUUGAGGGUUUGACUAGGGAAGGACCCCACAAAUGGGUGGGAGGGUCAUGUCCAGCACUGACCUGGAGGUCCUCAAGCAGGUGGCUUCUGGGGCCCCUGCAGACAGCCUGACAGCCAGUUUUCCCCAGGCCUUGUGCCAUGGGUGGAGAAAAUGUCAACUUUCAGGUUGUACUGUGAGGAAUUUAAUCUUGCUGUCAUCUUGACCUUGUUUGAAAUGUCAAAUGCUACUUCCCCUCCUGUCUUGGGAACUUCCUUUUGAUGAGCCCUUUUCUUAUAGCUGGGCACUUACUGAGAGGAGCAGGGGAGGGAUGGGUGCAGUCUUUGAAAAGAACUUUAUUACAAAAGUGGCAAUAUUUAUUUUCUUUAAUAUUUCAUAGAAGUAUAGUUUGUUACAGAGCUAUACAGUGCAAGACCCAGAGAUGCACUGGGGCUAAGGGGAUGCCUGUUGGAUAUGGGGCAGCUUGUCAUUCUAGUUAAUUCUGAGAAUUUUAGCUGGGCCCCCCACCGUUUGUAUAAAAUGUUACAUUUAACGUAAUAAAAGCAGGAAGCACUG